UCAAAAUGGUUGAAUCAUCAAAGAAUAAAAAGCUUGGAGUUACUUCUUCAGAAAGCUGUUACCUAAAGGUAGGUGAAGUCGUUUCCAUAUUUAGCAUAAACUCUGAAAUAAAACAAGUAUCUUAUUUUGACGUGCACAAUGGUUUUGUUGACUAUAAUUAUUACAAUGUGUGCAGCGACCAUACCUCCAUUUCGAGAUCUGUGUGAAAAACUCUAUCUACCAAUUCCAUUUUUUGUACUUGGUAUAAUCCCCAUGGGAGUGUUUCUUCUUGCUAAAAACAUUCAAGAACGAUUUCCUUUGAAUUAUGUGCUUGUAGUACUUGCGCUUUUAUUAUUGUCCUUUGCAAUACCUGGCAUAAAAGCAGCCCUGCAGUUAUGGAAUAUUUUAUCAUGGACUCUGACGAUAGCUGUUUCUGUGAGUGCACUCAUAUUCGGGUACAAAAUGGAAAAACUGAGUAAGAAAUCCAGCAUUAUAUUACUGAGCCUUGCCGGUGGACUAGCACUGGUGGGUAUCAUCGUGUUGAUUACUUUGAAAGUUACUGUGCAUGGGAUAAUUUCAACCAUCCUUCCUGCUUUGAUCAUCGUUUUCGCUAUAUUGAUGGUAUUAUAUCUGACCGGACAAGGGAUAAAACGUUGCAGUAAGGCUGACACAAGUAGUAUGCUUCCAAUCUGGUUAACUAUGAUCACUUGGACAUGCGUGAUCUUGAUAUAUGUGUCAAUAUCUCUUACGCUUCCGAGAACUCAAAGUGGAAAACAGACUAACAAGUAA